CAUUUGUAACUUGACGCGGUGUGUUUCCGGCAGAUUCACGUCGCCAUGGCGAGCAGAAAAGCUCCGAAAAACCGGGACAGCGGCAACAAAUAUUCGGUGCUGUUACCGACCUACAACGAACGGGAGAACCUGCCGCUGAUAGUCUGGCUGCUGGUGAAGUAUUUCGGGGAAAGCGGAUAUAACUACGAGAUAAUCGUCAUCGACGACGGAAGCCCAGAUGGGACACUGGAGGUGGCGGAGCAGUUACAGAAGAUUUACGGGGAGGACAAGAUAGUUCUGAGACCGAGGGCCAAAAAGCUAGGCCUGGGCACCGCCUACAUCCACGGCAUGAAACACGCCACCGGAAACUUCGUCAUCAUCAUGGACGCCGAUCUGUCCCAUCAUCCCAAGUUUAUUCCAGAAUUUAUUGAAAAGCAGAAGGAAGGCGACUACGACCUGGUGUCCGGGACUCGCUACAGAGGAAACGGAGGCGUUUACGGCUGGGACCUGCGCAGGAAGCUCAUCAGUCGGGGGGCAAACUUUCUGGCUCAAGUGUUGCUGAGACCCGGAGCUUCAGACCUGACAGGCAGCUUCAGGUUGUACAAGAAGAAGGUUCUGGAGAGUCUGGUCGGGCGCUGCGUCUCCAAAGGAUACGUCUUCCAGAUGGAGAUGAUCGUCAGAGCCAGACAGCUCAACUACACCAUCGGAGAGGUACCUAUUUCCUUCGUGGAUCGCGUCUACGGAGAGUCCAAACUGGGCGGCAACGAGAUCGUGUCAUACGCCAAGGGACUCCUCACACUGUUCGCCACCACGUGAUGCGUCGGGGCGUCUCCCAGUCUCGUAGGAUUUCUCUCAUUCUUAAAAGUCACUGUGUUUUUAAUACAGUAGUUACACGAGGAGGGGAAAUGAAAGCUUCCCCCGAGACAGCGACGCGACGGCAGACGGCGAGGGAGGCGUCUCUCCUCGUCGGCAGUAAAUGUAAAAUAAUUCCUCGUCGGUAGCUGUUCAGAAAACCGAAGGAACACAGAGCCUCACAUUCCCAUCGUCCUCGUUAAUCCCAUCUGAACAGAGCUCGUCAUUCCCGACACCACUUCACCGAGAACGUCCGACGGCUUGUGAUUGUUUGUAUAAAAUUAAACUGUUUGUAAAGCAGAAA